UCUGUUCCGACAAACACCAGCUACAUACGCCCCACGGGGUACGCCGCCACCGAUUGAUGGAGGCCGUCGAGGACAUCGUCAUCGCCGGCGCCGGGCUCGCCGGCCUCGCCACGGCCCUGGGUCUACACAGGAAAGGGGUGAGGAGCCUGGUGCUGGAGUCGUCGGCGACGCUGCGGGCGUCGGGAUACGCCUUCACCACAUGGACGAACGCCUUCCGCGCGCUGGAUGCCCUUGGCGUUGGGGACAAGAUCAGGGAGCACCACCUGCGCUACGAGAGGCUGGUGGCCUUCUCUGCGUCCACAGGCGAGGCUGCUGCAACAGUGAGCCUGAAGAUGCAGGGCAAAAGCGGGCCUCACGAAAUCCGGUGCGUGAAGCGCAACUUCCUGCUGGAGACGCUGGAGAAUGAGCUGCCGGAGGGCACCAUCAGGUUCUCCUCCAAGAUCGUGGCCAUCGAGGAAGAAGGCAACGUCAAGGUGCUGCACAUGGCCGACGGCUCCAUCAUCAGAGCUAAUGUUCUUGUCGGGUGUGACGGCGUGAACUCGGUGGUGGCGAAAUGGCUGGGCCUCCCGAAGCCGAUCCUGUCGGGUCGCUCCGCCACCAGGGGCCUCGCCGAGUACCCGGAGGGCCACGGCUUCGGGCCGGAGAUCCUGCAGUUCAUCGGGCAGGGCUUUCGCUCCGGCGUGCUCCCCUGCUCCGACACCUCCGUGUACUGGAACUACACCUGGUACCCGUCCCCGGCCGACGGGGACGCGGAGGAGAGUGUGGCCAAGAUGCGGCAGCACGUGCUGGCGAAGCUGGGCGCCACCAAGAAGAUCCCGGCGGAGGCGCUGGACGUGAUCGAGCGGAGCGAGAUGAGCGAGGUGGUGUCGUCGCCGCUGCGGUUCCGGUCGCCGCUGGCGCUGGUCCGGGGCAGCAUCAGCAGGGGCAACGUGUGCGUGGCCGGCGACGCGUUGCACCCGAUGACCCCGGAGCUCGGGCAGGGCGGGUGCGCGGCGCUGGAGGACGGCGUCGUUCUCGCCCGGUGCCUCGGCGAGGCCUUCGUCGGCGCGGGCAACGACGGCGGGUACGCGUGCGUCACUGCGGCGCUGGAGAAGUUCGCCGGGGAGCGGCGGUGGCGCGCGAUCAGGCUGGUCACGGCGGCGUACGUGGUGGGAUUCGUGCAGCAGAGCAGCAACGUGGCGAUCAAGUUCCUCAGGGAGAAGUUCUUGUCGGGACUGCUGGCCAAACUGAUGGUCGACAUGGCCGACUUCGACUGCGGGAAGCUCUAGUUCAGUUCUGGACGUCUGAUCGAGGUAGAACGAAAACGAUGAGAGAAAAUGACGUAAAACGGCCACCACAUACCCACUCGGGGUGUGUGUUCAUUGCUCACGUCGAGCGCCUGCCUAUGAUUGCAGAGUAAAGUACGUAAAUAAAAAGUAAAUUGGCAUGGAUGUAAGCAAUGAGUCCAUCCAUCCAUCCACAUGGGACAAACUUUUGUAGAAUCUUUUUUUUUCUAGAGGAAACUUGAUGUCAACACUUGACUUUGUGAUG